CAUUUGACAAGUUUGAGUUCACUUUUUCACAUGAUGGAUUCCAUCGUGACUGGAUUCUACUUUGCCUGGGAUGUGAAAAGUCUACUGCUCUUCUUGGCAGUUUUCAUCCUCACCACAGAUUAUAUCAAGAACCGUCGGCCGGUCAGCUUCCCUCCAGGACCCUGGGCCCUUCCUGUUGUGGGCAACAUGUUCACCGUGGACCACAGCAGGACUCACGAGAGUCUGACAGAGUUAGGGAGAAGAUAUGGAGACGUGUUCAGCCUGAGAAUGGGUUCAGUGUGGAUGGUGGUGUUGAACAGGUUUGAGGUUCUGAAAGAAGCUCUGGUGACGCAGGGGGACAGCCUGGCAGAGCGUCCUGAUCUCCCUCUGCAAGUGGAAAUAGUCCAUAAACUGGGCAUAAACUUCAGCAACGGGAACACCUGGAAGCAGCAGAGGCGUUUUGCACUUUCAACCCUCAGAAACUUUGGAUUUGCAAAGAAGUCACUUGAACCUGUCAUCCUGGAUGAAUUUACAUAUUGUGCAGAAGAGUUCAUUUCCAACAAAGGUGCACCAUUCAAUCCACACCUCACCAUCAACAACGCCGUCUCUAACAUCAUCUGCUCCCUGGUUUUUGGUCAUCGCUUUGAGUACGGUGACAAGAUGUUCAUGAAAAUGAUGAAGCUGUUACCCAAAGGCCUCCAGAUCCAAGGGUCCAUCUGGGCACAGUUUUACAACUCGUUCCCUCUGCUGAUGAAACAUUUACCGGGGCCACAUCAGACAGUCCAGCACAUCUGGAGUGAAGUGAAGGACUUUAUCAGAGCAGAGGUAAAAGAGCACAAACAGAACUGGGAUCCCUUGGACCAGAGAGACUACAUAGACUGUUACCUGAAUGAGAUGAACAAGGGGCAGGUUGAGAGUAGUUUUGAGGAGGAAACCCUGGUUAUGAGCAUCCUCGAUCUGUUUGUGGCUGGUUCAGAGACCACAUCCAGCACCCUGCGCUGGGCUUUUCUUUACAUGGCAGAUAACCCUGAAAUCCAAGAGAAAGUCCAGGCUGAAAUAGACCGAGUGAUUGGACAGUCCAGACGGCCGUGCAUGGAGGACCGUGCAAACCUGCCCUACACAGACGCCGUCAUCCACGAGGUGCAGAGGAUAGCCAACAUUAUUCCUCUCAGCCUCCCUCGCUUCACCAACAGAGACCUCCACCUGGGAGAGUACACCAUCCCAAAGGGCGUCACAGUGAUAACCAAUUUGACCUCUGUGAUGUUUGACGAGAACGAGUGGGAGGCUCCCUUCACCUUUAACCCUGGACACUUUCUGACUGAGGAGGGGACGUUUGUGAAGAAACCUGCUUUCAUCCCUUUCUCUGCAGGUAAACGGAUAUGCCCCGGUGAGACCCUGGCCAAGAUGGAGCUUUUCCUCUUCUUCACCUCCUUCAUGCAGUGCUUCAUCUUCUCCAUGCCCGCUGGGGUGAAGCCAGUAAUGAAGCAGAGUUUUAGCAUUAUUCUGGCUCCACAUCCAUAUGAAAUCUGCGGUGUGCUCGUAUUUCCAUGUUACAGUAGUAGACGCAUACCAUGCUCUAUGAGGUCAGAGUCCAGUAGUAGCUGCAGCCUCAUAAGAGAGAGGAGGGGAACGACUGGAAAAACAACAUUUCACAAGAGGGGAAGCCAAAAGAAAGGUGGAAAAACCCAAGUCCGUUUUCACAUGAUGGAUUCCUUAUUUUCCAUGACUGGAUCCUACUUUGCCUGGGAUGUGAAAAGUCUGCUGCUCUUCUUGGCAGUUUUCAUCCUCACCACAGAUUAUAUCAAGAACCGUCGGCCGGUCAGCUUCCCUCCAGGACCCUGGGCCCUUCCUGUUGUGGGCAACAUGUUCACCGUGGACCACAGCAGGACUCACGAGAGUCUGACAGAGUUAGGGAGAAGAUAUGGAGACGUGUUCAGCCUGAGAAUGGGUUCAGCGUGGAUGGUGGUGUUGAACAGGUUUGAGGUUCUGAAAGAAGCUCUGGUGACGCAGGGGGACAGCCUGGCAGAGCGUCCUGAUCUUCCUCUGAUGAAUGACAUCAGCAAUGGUCUAGGUCUCGUAUUCAGCAAGAGUCACAUCUGGAGGCAGCAAAGACGUUUUGCACUUUCAACCCUCAGACAUUUUGGAUUGGGCAAGAGGUCACUUGAAACUGUCAUCCGGGAUGAAUUUACACAUUGUGCAAAAGAGUUCAGUGGCAAUAAAGGUGCGCCAUUCGAUCCACAUCUCACAAUCAACAACGUCGUUUCCAACAUCAUCUGCUCCCUGGUUUUUGGUCAUCGCUUCGAGUACAGUGACGAGACCUUCAUGAAGAUGAUGAAGCUGACAGGAAAAGGCCUUCAGAUCGAAGGCUCCAUCUGGGCACAGCUCUACAACUCGUUCCCUCUGCUGAUGAGACGUUUGCCGGGGCCACAUCAGACAGUCCAGCACAUCUGGAGUGAAGUGAAGGACUUUAUCAGAGUAGAGGUUAAAAAGCACAAACAGAACUGGGAUCCCUCAGACCAGAGAGACUACAUAGACUGUUACCUGAAUGAGAUGAAUAAGGGACAGCCAGACAAUAGAUUUGUUGAGGACAACCUGGUUAUGAGCAUCCUCGAUCUGUUUGUGGCUGGUUCAGAGACCACAUCCAGCACCCUGCGCUGGGCUUUGCUUUACAUGGCAGAUAACCCUGAAAUUCAAGAGACAGUCCAGGCUGAGAUAGACAGAGUGAUUGGAAAGUCCCGACUGCCAUACAUGGAGGAUUGUGCAAUCCUGCCCUACACUAACGCUGUCAUCCAUGAGGUGCAGAGGAUGGGCAACAUAGCCCCUCUAAGCCUGCCUCAUCUCACCAGCAGAGACAUCCAGCUGGGAGGCUACACCAUCCCAAAGGGCAUUACAAUCAUCCCCAAUUUGACCUCGGUGAUGUUCGACAAGGAUGAGUGGGAGACGCCCUACACCUUUAACCCAGGACACUUUCUGAAUGAGGAGGGGAAGUUUGUGAAGAAACCUGCUCUUAUCCCUUUCUCUGCAGGUAAACGAGUGUGCCUCGGGGAGAGCCUGGCCAAGAUGGAGCUUUUCCUCUUCUUUACAUCCUUCAUGCAGCACUUCACCUUCUCCAUGCCGCCUGGGGUGAAAUCUGAGAUGGAGUACUGUUUUGGUCUCACUCUGGCACCAAAUCCUUAUGAAAUCUGUGUAUCACCCCGUUAAUACUCUACAAAUAGCACAAAGGUCAAUAGUAUUUUUCCGUCCUGUCACGACUUACUACUAAAACAUAUCAAACUGAAUGGCUUCUGUAACAUAACAUGGUGGCUCCUGCUGAGAUCUCUUGGUUUCUUUGUAUCUGUUAAGGCCUAACCUUCCCAAAAUGGGCUAUGAGAUCUCUUUCUAUAGACAAGCUUAGCUUAGCCUUACACUGCACAAUUCAAAGAUCUUUGUUGCUUUCUCACUUGAAAAUAA